CUUUUUCACCUGUAAAAUCGUUUUGCUAAAAAUAAACCAUGCCCGAGUCUUCUGCCGAAAAUUACUCCUUUAACGACACCAGCUUCAUUACUCCAACCCUUCCUCCGCCACCCCAGCAGGGUAGACCACGUCGCGCGUCCAUGACCCCUGGAACGCCAACUUUGACAUGGUACUCCGACAAAACUCGUCCCACCAAGUUUCCUUUGCAAAAUUAUUGCAUCAAGCACUCCAAGCACUAUGCUACUGAAGACGCCUUCAGAAAGCACAUGACAAAGUGCCAUGGAAUGAAGCUUGAAAAAAAGCGUCCAGGUCCGCCAUCAACAGUGUCAGCAAAGAGGCAAAGGCACACAAAAUGGGAGAACUCAAAGAAGUAUGCUCCCACUGACAAGGCCAGAAAGACGAUACAACGACGAGAUGCCGCUGCUUCAAAAAUGUUCAUGGAGCUGCUGGUGAUGGGUGAAUUCCAACGGCAACGAGCUUAUUUAGAGCUACUCGAUGCUGUUGAAGUUGCUAUUGAGCGAAUUGAAUUCCAUUGUACAAUUCAAGAGUGUCAAAGCAAGAUCGGAUCCUCCUGGAAAUAUUGCGUCUACUCUUUGUGCGCAGCAGAAGGUCGCACUGUUUUGGAUUCGACAAAGAACCAAUUUUUCGACAACAUUUUUAUGCAAGAAGCAGAGAAGGAAUACGAUCAGCUCUCUGUGUCCGAGAUCAUGGAUGUCGAUGCUGCUGUCAGAGACGCUUUGAAAGCAACUUGCCCUCGAUUUCUUGCUGACCAUGGGCCUAAAUUUAGAGCUUUCCGUUGGGUUGGAAACCCUUUUCUGUUGCGCUCAAGCCAUAGCGACGAGAGCAUUAUCGAUCUGGGGACGAUCACCGACGAUGAAGAUGAAGAGAGGGGCCUCUUUAAGAAAAACGUCCCAAGACCCGACGAAUGGAGGUUCCUUCUCGAAAACGAUUUGGAACCAGUGCUGUUGCGCAUUGAGUCCACCGGUAUUAAAAAACUCAGAGGACGUCGAUACGAAGAAGAAUAUGUAGGCGAGGAAGCAGCUCAUAGCAGCUCUGAAGGUGGAAGCGGCCGUAGUAGUGUUAGUGAAGAUGAUCAACAUGGAGUAGAGUACGAAGAUUUUAAUAAUGAUGUUUGCUCAUGCUCACAUAGACAAUACUUGUUUGAUGAUCUACUCGGCAAAUUAUUAAGUUACAUCAUGAUACAAAUCCUUCCAUCAAGGCUUUUCACAUAUCAAAAGGCAGCAUUGAUUUUAAUAGCUUAAUCCCUUACAAUAAUCAGCAUUGAAGAAAGCAUAACCGAAGUA